CGCCAAAGCGGGAGAACUUCCGGUGCGUUUCCCCGGUGCCUGAGAGUGGGGAGAGUCCGAAGCUGUUGUUCUGGAAGACAAGAAAGGUUGUCUUUUUGGUGACACACCACUGGUCCCAUGGCUGCCAUGCAGAUGGAUCCUGAGCUUGCCAAGCGCCUCUUCUUUGAAGGGGCCACUGUGGUCAUCCUGAAUAUGCCCAAGGGGACAGAGUUCGGCAUCGACUACAACUCCUGGGAGGUGGGACCCAAGUUCCGAGGCGUGAAGAUGAUCCCACCAGGCAUCCACUUCCUCCACUAUAGCUCUGUGGACAAGGCCAAUCCCAGGGAGGUGGGGCCUCGUAUGGGUUUCUUCCUUAGCCUGCAGCAGCGCGGGCUGAUGGUCCUGCGCUGGAAUGCAAUUCGAGAAGAGGUAGACCUGUCCCCAGCCCCGGAGGCUGAGGUGGAGGCAAUGAGGGCCAACCUCCAGGAGCUGGAUCAGUUCCUGGGGCCUUACCCAUAUGCCACACUCAAGAAGUGGAUCUCACUCACCAACUUCAUCAGUGAGGCCACAAUGGAGAAGCUGCAGCCUGAGAGCCGGCAGAUCUGUGCCUUCUCAGAGGUGCUUCCCGUGCUAUCCAUGAAACACACUAAGGACCGGGUGGAGCAAAAUCUACCUCGCUGCGGCACUGAGUGCAAAAGCUACCAGGAGGGCCUGGCCCGGCUGCCAGAGAUGAAGCCCAGAGCCGGGACGGAGAUCCGCUUCUCAGAGCUGCCCACACAGACAUACCCGGCAGGUGCCACGCCAGCAGAGAUAACCAGGCACAGCAUGGACCUGAGUUACGCUUUGGAGACUGUGCUCAGCAAGCAAUUCCCCAGCAGCCCCCAGGAUGUGCUCGGUGAACUCCAGUUUGCGUUUGUCUGCUUCCUCCUGGGGAACGUGUAUGAAGCAUUUGAGCACUGGAAGCGGCUCCUGAAUCUCUUGUGCCGAUCUGAGGAAGCCAUGGUGAGGCACCACACCCUCUACAUCAACCUCAUCUCCAUCCUGUACCACCAGCUCGGCGAGAUCCCAGCUGACUUCUUUGUAGACAUUGUCUCCCAGAACAACUUCCUCACAAGCACCUUACAGGUUUUCUUUUCCUCCGCCCGCAGCGUUGCCGUGGAUGCCACUCUGAGGCAGAAAGCUGCAAAGUUCCAAGCUCACCUGACCAAGAAGUUUCGGUGGGACUUUGAGGCAGAGCCAGAGGACUGCGCCCCAGUGGUGGUGGAGCUCCCUGAGGGUGUGGAGACUGGCUAACUGGGAAUGCUGUCAGCCAGGGGGGGCCCCUUCCCACACAGCUGCAGUCCUGGCCUCUCCAUUCACCCCUUCCUACUGGGACCUGUGGGGCUAGUUGCUGCACCAGGUUCUGCAGAGUUAGAGCCAGAAUUCCCUCUUUCAUCAGGAAAUAAGUUUCUUCAAUGCCAAAGAGGCUAUGUGCAUCCUGAGGGCACAUCCAUGGGUUCCCUUCAGCCUGGCCAUGGGACCAACCUGACUUAAUUCCAAAUGGACUCUUACAGAAGCUCUCGGGAGAGACCUGCCUCAGUGGCACCCUACUUCCUUCUGAAUAAGAAGGUGAGCCAAAAACCCAAGAAACUGAUUACUCAUUUCGUAGAAUGGUUCGAAAACAAGACACCCUGGACUGCACGGGUUCUGAGCUGUCCGUUAGUGACUUUAAAAGUUAACUAGAAGGUCCUAGGGAAAUGGGCUAGAAUUUCUGCGUAUCCCUUGUUGAAUGGGAACACAUCACAGAACACACAGGCCUGUGACCACUCAGGAGCUCCCGAUUGGGGAGGGGAGACCCAGAAGACAGUUGGGUUGAGUCUGACGAGUGGUCAACUCUUACUUUCUCCAUCAAAGUCCCUGACCUCAGGGGCCUUGCUGAUGCCACGUCCCUCUCAUCUGUUCCAUUCUGAGGCUUCAGUCCCAGAAGUGGGACUUGGCAACCCUUCCGUACAGCCCCCUUCCUCAGCACAGCCACUAUAACUAUUUCUGAUGACCUGGAGAUUCAACAACAAAGAGGAAGGCUCUUGCUCCGGAUGGGCUUCUUUGGCCCUGUUGAAGUUCUGUGUCUGUAUUCAGAGCUCUGGAGAUGAUCUGACCCACCUAGAUCUUCCCAGUCCUGCUGUGGAGCUGUCAGCCACAGGAGUAAUGAUGCUCCCACUCCCUUGGAGUCCUGAGGGGCGUACCCGCCAUACACGGGUCCUGCCACCCUGACCUCAAACUGUUGUACUAUGAUCAGAAUCCCUGCGCCAUUCUUUUCCAAGGCUGCGGCUCACACCAGGUUUCUGAAUGAGAAUCCAUGCUGGUUAAGACUUCUGGUUCCACUCGUUUCCUUGGAGAUGUUUUUCCAAGAGCAUAACAUACAUUAAAGUCUUUGGGUUGAGACUAAA